AUGGGUUGCAGUCUUUCCAUGUCGUCCAACUCUCGAAUAGCAGCCUUAAACGACAACCACUCGAGUCUUCAUGAAGACGAACGAAGAAAAGAUCUCCCAUCAAGUUCUACUCCUCUUCCUCCUCUUUCUCAUGCACUCACUUUCGAAGGAACAAGUUCAUCAUCCUCCUCCUUCUCUAUCUCCUCUUCUUCACCUCAACAACGUUGUUUAUUGAAUCCUCUUUCCACAAGGCAUCACUCUCUCACCACCACAUUAAGUCCAUCUGAAACAUUAACAACAACAACAUCAUCGGUAAUGCCUCUUCAUCAUCCUCUACCAACUCUUUCAUCCAAGAAGAAGAAGAAGAAACAAGAUCCAAGUUCGAGUUUGCUCCAUCCUCGAGCCAUUCAACAACACUCUCUUCCACCACUAUUGGAAGAAUUGAAUUUCAAUCCUUUAGCAAGAAAACAUCAUUCCUUACCUUAUCACAAGAAAGAUCUUCUCGAUCUAUUGGCAAAUAUCACUCCUUCAAGAACAUUUGCCACCAACAUGAAGGAUCCAAACAACAGCACCUCAUCUUGUUUCGACUCUUUGAUGAUCACGAAGAAGAGAAGUGUUGGUGGUGGUGCUGGUGGUGGUGUUCAUUCUCUCAGCAGCAACUCACAUGUAAUUCAAUCCUCAUCUUCCUCAUCCACCACUCAAAUUCCCAAUCGAAACAGCAAACCCUUCUUCCUCUCAGUUCCCAUCUCCAACUCUUCUCUCCUCCUCUCCAUUCGAAACCAAGAGUUGAAUAAUGAUGAUUUCCUCUCACAAGAUGAUGAUGAUCCAAUCUAUGAAGAUGAGGAGGACGAAAGAUUUACUUUCAACAAUCAUUAUUCCUUCUCUUCUCUCAAAAAGAUGUUAUCGAAGGAAUCAUCGAUCGAUCAUUCUUACAAGAGUGCACAUAGAUCCUCAUCCCUUCCAUGCAAUGCCUCCUUUAUUGGUCGAAAUGUAUUAUUUCCUUCUUCUGUGCAAAUGGACUCCACAACUUGUUGCAAAAGUAAAAGUCUUUCGUGGUUGCCCUCUGAGGAAAGUCUUGGCAAUACUUCUCAAUAUUAUCAAAUCAUUAUCACACCACCACCACCUCCUCCUCUUGAGAAUCAUUCAUCUGCACCACCCACACACACACGAACGAGAAUGAUUGAACAAGAACGAAAGGCAAGAAAGAGGUUACAGCUCUCCAAGAAGAACAAGUUGUAUUUUAUACAGUGUUUAAAGAAAAACGAAGGACUUUAA